AUUGCUGACAUGGUUGUAUCUAGGUCAGAGAAAAUACUCGCGCCCGUGUCCAAGCGCUCCUUAGUACCUGAUAUGGCUAAAUUGCAAGAUGCGGCGGUCCAUGCCGUUGGCCCUACGUUGCAGCGAAUCAAGAACGACCGGAAGCGCGACCUUCCUAUCUUGCAGAAGGCCCUCUGCUACGCGACAGCACUUCAACUCGAAAAGAGCGGCAUCAAGUGGGAGUUGGCUCAAGGAUGGACCAUCUAUCUGUUCAGUGCCGGCUCAAGCGGAUAUGUAGCUGUGCGUGAGAAGCGUCAGCUUGUCGAAGAGGCAAAGGCCGAACUUGAUGCUAUAAUCAAGCAAGUCAUUGACGAAGAAGCCUCAUACUGUGCGAACCAGGAGAAGAAUAUCCUCCCCUGUCGAUUACUCCUGUCGAACAUUGCAGCCGGAGCGGACGCAGAUGAGGUCGCCCUGUUCCUCUCAGAGUUCAAAUAUGACAUUCGGAAUAUCAAGAUGUUGGGGCGGGACUCAACUUCACGGACCCAGACCGCCCUAGUUGACAUGUACACCAAGGAUGCAGCUAAGCAAGCAUCUUACACCAUGGGGUCUAUUUUUGGCCUACUUGUCAAGAUCUGUCUCGCGACAGAAGGUGACUGAGUCACUGCUCACUACGAAGAUGAGUGUAUUACGACCCGAGCUGAAUACCGAAGGACCCAAACUUCCGGGGUGCAAGUGGUUCACCUGUAUAGCUUUGGUCAGUAUGCACGCCUAUUUGUGCUUCUCCUGGAUGCGAACAAGUCUUUUAGUGUCCUAUGGUCGUACAAAUCUCGCAGAGCACAUCUUUCACGUCUUUCGGGAAAGUUGCUAUAGGUCUUGACUCUUUCUCGGGACAUACUCUUCAAUCAGCAUGU